CCGGCAUAGAUGGUUGUCUUUCUAAUCUGAAGGGACGCAUGUUAUUUUUUUAAAUAUUUUUCAUGAAUUUCAAAAUAAUAUAAAUACGCUUCGCACCGGAAAAAUGACUAGGAAUGUAAUAAUUAUAUUUAGUCUUUAUAGUAUAGUGCUUUUGUAAUUUAGAGGGAUUUAAUCCUUCCUUAGAAGUCGGUUUGUCCAUCUCGAUCGCGAUAAGUGCCUAAUUAGCCAUGUCUACGUGCCAAAGCCUUCAAAGUGGCGAGUGAAAGUUUCAUGUUAAAUCUUUCAUGAUCUCAAAAAAAAUGUGUAGAUAUAGAAAUAUAUAAUAGAGUGUAAAGUGCAGUUUUGAUGGAAAACGUAAACUAUCAGCCUAGCGGCGAGGAGAUUGAGCGGGCACUAAUGGAUCUCGGCCCGCUGCUUGGAGUUGCCAUCAAGGAGGAGGUGCAGGAUGAGCUGCCGGACGCCACUGCCGGCCCGCCCUCCACCCUUAGCGUUGGUGGAGUGGCAGAGAGCACUGGGUCGAGUGCAGUGAGCGCGGCGGCGGGCAGCGCGGCGGGAGGCGGCGGCGGCGGCGGCGGCGGCGGCGGCGGCGGCGGCGCGGCGCCGAGCUCGGAGCCCGAGGCGGGCGCGGACUCGCUGGCGUCGCCGAGCGCGGCGCGGCCGCCGUUGGCUGCGGCGCGCUGCGUGCUGUGCCAGACGGCGCUGGCGCUCACCGACGGCACGCCCAAGCUUAUGGAGUGCCUGCACUCCGCCUGCGAGCCCUGCAUAGCCGCCAAGAUCGAGGAGAGGACCGCCAGCUCUCGUGACUUUUUAGGUGCAGAAAGAAUCACAAUAACGUGUCCUGCGUGCCGGCUGCAAUGUCAACCCGCCAACAUGAUUGACCAGAGAUUUGUCUUGGAAAAAAUGGCACUUGAACAAACUGGGAACAAUGGCGCGACGAGCGGCGAGCAGCAGUGCAACAGCUGCGAGGACACGGAGCCGGCCACCAGCUACUGCGUCGACUGCGCCGAGUUCAUCUGCGACAACUGCGUGCACGCGCACCAGAGGCUGAAGAUCACGAAGGAGCACACGAUCAAGUCGAAGGACGAGGCGGCGGCCGAGCAGGGCGCCGCGCCGCCGCCGCGGGCCGCCCACCACAUCUACUGCCGCGACCACCCGCAGGAGCGGCUGUCGCUGUUCUGCGAGACGUGCGACCGGCUGACGUGCCGCGACUGCCAGCUGCAACACCACCGCGAUCACAAGUACCAGUUCAGCACCGAGAUGGCCGCGCAGGCGCGGGCCAGCAUCGCGGGGCUGCUGUCCGAGGUGAACUACAAGCGCGUGCUGCUCGGCUCCGCCAUGAAGGUCAUCCGCGACCGCCAGCAGCUCAUCGCCGACAAGAAGAAGGCGCUCGUGCACGAGAUCACGCAGACCGUCGUCAAGUUGACGAACGCGAUCAACACGCGCGGCAAGCAGCUGGUGCUGCGGCUGAACGAGGUGUGCGACGCGAAGCAGCGCACACUGACGGAGAAGAAGGAGGCGCUGGAGCAGCUGGCCGCCGUGACCGACCACUGCGUAGAGUUCGUGGGCGCGGCGCUGGACCAGGGCUCGGACACGGCGCUGCUGCACUCCAAGCGCCUCGUGUCCGCGCAGCUGCAGCGCGUCAAGUCGCGCCGCGCCGACAUCCCCAACCCCGAGAUACCCGUGCGCAUCAGCCUCGCGCUCGACAAGCUGCCCGACCUCGUGCGCGUGCUGUCGAGCAUCGGCGCGAUCGUGGUGGACGGCAAGGUGGACGGCGCGGGCGGCGCGGGCGCACAGGGGCCCUACCACCCGCCCGCGCCCGCCGCCGCCGCCCCGGCCGGCCCCGCCGCCGCCCCUGCAGCCCCCGUCGGCCCUGCAGCCGCCGCCGCCGCCGCGCCCGCGCACUCGGCCGUCGUCGCGCUGCAGCACGUCGCCAUGCACCAGACCCUGGCACGGUAUCAGUCAUACGUGCAAUCGGUGUCGGGCGGCAGCGGAGGCGGCGGCGGCGGCGCGAGCGGCGGCUACAUGUCCCCGCUGCAGCCGCUGCAGGCGCUGCAGCCGCUGCAGCAGCAGAUGCGACACGCGCGCCCCCACACGCCGCUGCGGCACCCGCACGUCACUUCCACCACGCACCCGCACCACUUGCACGGCAUGAACGAGAUGAACCUGCGCGGGCUGCUGAGCGCGCAGGCGCAGGCUGCGCAGGCGGCGCAGGCGGCGCGGCCGCCGCGGCCGCUGCAGCACCCCGCCUCGUCGGCCAUGCACCACGCCUACCAGCAGAUGAUGGGCGCGUACGCGGCGGGCCCGUACGGCGGCGCGGGCGGCGCGGGCGGCGCGGGCGGCGCGGGCGGCGCGCCGCGCACGCCCUCGCCCGCGCCGCCCGCGCACCUGUACCCGCCGCACCAGCAGCACGUGCAGCACCAGCAGCACCAGCAGCACCAGCAGCACCAGCAGCACCAGCAGCACGCGCCGCACGCGCUGCAGCACCAGCAGCACGCGCAGCACGCGCAGCACAUGCAGCCCGCCGCCAAGUGGCACAUACCGCAGCAGAACCUCGCCAACGGUGGAUUCGAAAUGAUGCCGAUGCAGGGCAGCGCGGCGGGCGGCGGGCUCAACGACUUCAAGAUCACGCUGGCGCGGCCGCCCGCCGCCUCCUCCUCCUCCGCGGCCGCCGCCACCUCGCGCCCGCCGCACACGCCCACACCUACGCCCACCACGCCCUCUAUCGUCACCUCUACCAACCCCAAGACGCCCAGUCCCAGCUUAAACGGCGGCGCGUCGUCGGAGCUGGACAAGGUGUGCGCGGAGUCGGUGCAGGACCUGAUGGCCACCAUCGCCAAGCUGGACUCCAACGGCGUGCAGGUGGUGGCCGAGGGCGCGGCACCCGAGCCGGCCUCGUCCGCCGAGCCGGCCUCGUCCGCCGCGCCGCCCUCGCCCGCCGCCGUGCACUCCUCCACCGAGCCGCGCGCGCGCCCGCCGCCGCCCGACCCCAACGAGGACUGGUGCGCCGUCUGCAUGGACGGCGGCGAGCUCAUGUGCUGCGACAAGUGCCCCAAGGUCUUCCACCAGUACUGCCACAUACCCACCAUCGAGAAGCUGCCCGAUGAGACGGAGACGUGGCAGUGCCUGUUGUGCGUGAACUUCGCGGAGCUGCCGCCCGAAGAGGUGGAGGCGGGCGGCGGCGGCGAGGAGGAGGGCCUGACGCCGCGUCAGCUCAAGAUCAUCGAGCGCAUCACGCUGGAGCUGUACUGCCAGUACGAGGCCAGCCUGCCCUUCCGCGAGCCCGUGCCCGCCGACAACUUGCACUACCACUCUAAGAUCUCGCGGCCGAUGUGCCUGGACCUGGUGCGGCUGAAGCUGCAGCCGCGCGCCGCGCUGCGCUACACGCACGUCGCGCAGUUCGUCGCCGACUGCCGCCUCAUGUUCCGCAACGCGUACGCCUACAACCCGCCGGAGUCGUCGAUAUACAAGGACGCGAAGCGGCUGGAGGAGUUCUUCGAUGCGCAGCUGCUGAAGUGGCUGCCCGACUACGCGUACUGCGGCGACGGCUCGCCCGCCGCCAAGCGGCCGCGCCACGACUGAGCGCCGGACACUCGCAGCCGCCUCGCACCCGGCCUCGGCCAUCCGAUACAGUAUCAGCGGUUCACUCUCACUUGUCCACAAACAGUAACUCUUAGAAAGAAAUUCAUUUGAACAUAUACAUGUGCAUACUUAUAAUUGACAGCUUCACACAAUUAUGAAAAAUAAAUGCGCACUUAGUGUGCGCAUUCGUGAAAACAGAUUUUAACAAUUGUUUAAUUAAAAAUAUGGUUCAUACACUGAUUAACAAUAUAGAAUUAGUAUUGUUUUGGUUUAAUGACAGCAAAUUGAAUCGCAUCCUGCGUGAUAUGAAUCAUACGUGAUCAUCACUGUUGGAAUGACAUGUUAAUGUCGGAGUCGAGUGUCACCCGUACACCGUACAUCGUACACUGAACACUUGUACUCUGUGUACUAAACAAGCGAUGGACUAUAUCAGUAUUGUUGUAAUUAGAAAUUUCAUAUCUAAACGAGCUUGUUUCAAUGAAGCAUAAAGUUGCCUUCUACCAGUCGAGACAUAUUGAUCCUCUAGCUAGUAACACUUGUCUGAAAGACUCACCAAAUAAAAAUACUGGGCGUGUUGUAAUACAUUAUUUAUAACUAGUACAUUGUAAAUUAACUUUUAUAUGAAGUCAUUAGAGGCGACGAGACGUACACACGACGACAUGGACAGUGGGCUUAAUUCUAAGUCGCAACUUCUCUAAACCUAUCUUUUAAUCUGAUAUUUUAAUUCAUAAACUAAAUUACACAAAUAACACAGACUCCUGUUAUGUUAAUCUUACAGAAGAUCGAUGAAACAAACUUGAGCGACUUCAAAAUAUUCGUACACUGUUUAUAUUUAGUCUUCGCAAAUAUGGCCACGUCUCUGAUUUCCGUGAUCAACUCAAGUGGCUUCCAAUUCUCUCUGUAUCUAUCUACUAUGUUAGCCAGGUCGUCUUCCAGCGGUAAGGCCGCCUCUUGUAUAUACACAUUCUGUAUACAUCUCUUAUACGCAAUAGAGAGCUUAUUACUAUAUUUUUUUUUUAAAUUUAUAACAGUCUGUUAGUAAUGUAAUUAAUAUUGGUCCUUACAAUAAAGAUUUCGCUGUGAUAACAAAUUGAAAUUUUGUCAUAGGUUUAGAGAAGCCUCACAGGCGACCCCGUUGUAUGUGUGUGCGUCGCGUGUCGGUGUGCCUGUGUCUGUGAGCUCGGAGAGUUGUUACCACUUUGAGUCUCAUUAUUUUUUUAUCACUAUGGUACACAUCAAUAAUAGCGCGUAGUUUAAUUUGGUCUGUAGAAACAAUCGUCAUCACAAAAUUGUUCCGAGUGCUACCUUAUAGACCGCCGUAGAGGCUGCCCUAGUUUACAAAUCAUGUUUCUAAACGUUUCCUACGUAAUUCUAAUCUACAAAUCUAACUGUACCUUUAAGUACAUAAAUAAACAAAAGAAAUAUAAUAAUAAUUAUUAGAAUAAUUAAUUAUUUUUAAAUAGAUUCCAGUUAUAAUAAGUAUUUAGAUAUUUAUAAAAUAAAAGACUUAACGUGCGUCUUUUCUCGAUUACACCUGAGUAAAGAUAUUAGAAGACAUUUUUUUUUUUU